AUGUCUUUGGGUAAUGGCAAUGACUUGUCGCCGAACUUACAAGCACUAGACCUUAAUAGCCAGCAACACCCUCAGUCAAACAAAAAGAGAUCAAGAAGAGCAUUUCACACAAACUUUAAUUCUCCAGUGACAACAGCAGCACCAACGGCAGCCCCUACAUCAGUACCCACAACCACACCAAACUUUUUUCAGGCCCCACGUUUAGAUGAUGUGCCCGAUUUGCAAGCUGCAGCCGGACAUGUUCCGUCUCAAUCUCAACCCAUCUCGAUGAGUUACGAGUCACCUAAUGUUCAACAAUCUGUGCCGUCAUUACAAGCACAUAGAUACUUACAACAAAAGGAAUAUGAUACACCCAACGAGGACGGAAACUACAAGUCUUUUCUCACAUUUUCUGAAACGGUUCCACCGGAUGCAGGAGUGCAAUUCCAUUUCACAGACCAGGGUACCGCAUCGUCCAAGUAUAUGCGCUCCACGAUGUAUUAUGUCCCGGAGUCAGAAAAAUUGAGACUGGCAACAAAGUUACCCGUUGCAGUCACAAUCAGACCAUUUGCUCCACUCUUGGAGACCGAGGAGCCUGUACCGACGGUUGAUUUUCAAAAUGAUAUCAAUCCUGAGGCUACAUCGACCGAUGAUGACCCAUUGAGUAAAGGUCCCUUGAGAUGUCACAGAUGCCGGGCUUAUGUAAAUGCAUCAAUGCAAUUUACUCAUAACCAAAGGUUUAUUUGUAAUAUUUGCCAAUUUGCCAACAAUGAAGUGCCCCCUGAAUAUGCCUCGGCACUUGACGCUAGAGGCUUUAGAAUUGACAAGUUCGUACGUCCAGAAUUGCACAAGAGUGUGUACGAUAUGCGUGUUCCAAAGGAGUACAACUUUGGAGGCAGCAAGAAAGAUCCGGAUCAAUUUCAUAUCGUGUUUAUGGUUGAUAUCACGGAAAAUAGCAUCAAACAGAACCUACCAGUCUUGGUUAGUGAGUCCAUAAGAGCCACGUUAUAUGAUUACAAUGAUGGCACAGCUGAAAAUACAGCUCCUUACAAAAUAGCCAUUAUGGCUUUUGACAAAAAAUUACACUUUUUCAACUUGUCUGCAAAUCUCGAAAGAACACAAAUAUCAAUUUCGUCCGACCUCGAUGAUCCUUUUGUUCCAUUUGACGAAGGUUUGUUUGCCGAUCCCCAAGAGAGCCGACUUGUCAUAGAGGAUGCAUUGAACUAUCUUGAGCAAUUAUGCAACUCUGAGACCCGAGUAUUUGAUCUGGAGCCGUGCUUUGCUGUUGCUUGUAAGACUGCAGCGUUAUGCUUGGAAAUGCACGGUGGGGGUAAAAUCGUCUCUGUUUUGUCGAACCUUCCUUCUUGGGGUCCUGGAGGAUUGAAAUAUAAGGACAACAAAGCAGUCGGUAGAACUCCGGCGCCAGAGGUGGAAAGGAAAAUAUUUUUACCCGACAACGAGUAUUAUAAAAACUUGACCAAAGAGUUUGUUGAAAAGAGUGUUGGCUUGGAUCUUCACAUCGCAUCUCAUACGUCAGUUGAUCUCUCCAAUAUUGGUUUCUUGGUUUCAGCAACUGGAGGAGAGUUGACACGUUGGCCAAACCUACAUUACGAGAGAGACGGCCGUUUGUUUAUUGCAAAGUUCAAAAACUCAGUUGCAAAGACAACUGGAUAUCAAGGACAAUUGAAAUUGCGUUGUUCCAAUGGGUUGCAAGUUAUAGAUUACUACGGGACUUCUUCGUCUGUAAGGGAUGCUAGUAUUUUGGGGUCCGUGCAAGAUCCCGUGGUUCCAGUAUUGAAUAAGGACCAUACGUUUACUGUAUUGCUUCAGUAUGAUGGGACAUUGAGCCGGAAGUUGGACUGCCAUUUUCAAGCUGCAUUGCUUUAUACUGACAUCUAUGGCCAACGGAAAGUUCGAGUCAUUAAUUUGGUUUUGGCAGUGACUAACAAGUUGGAAGAUGUGUUUCAUUUUGCUGAUGAAAAUGCCAUAGUUGCUACCUUGGUAAGAGACUCCCUCAAUUUCGUUGGUCAGCAAACUUUGGCCUCCUUGCGAGAGUCUCUCAAUACGAGAUUGGUUGACGUUUUCUCCCAGUAUCGAGCAAUGACUGAAUACGGCCACAACCGUGCCAAGGUAAUGAAUAAUAAUUUACUAUUUCCAGACUCGUUAAAGCAUUUGCCAAUUUAUAUUUUGAGUUUUUUGAAGACACAUGCGAUCAACGCAUCCACCGGAUUAUCCGCAGACGCAAGAUUGGUUGAUUUGUUCAAUAUGUUGAAUAUGCCAUUGGAGAGAUUGAUGUAUCAUUUGUAUCCCGCAUUGACUGAGCUACACACGUUGACUCCAGAAGAGGGAAUUAUAGACGAAGCAACAGGAUUCACCCUUGUCCCCCAGUAUAAGGACUUGACGAUGAAGAGUUUGGAUAGGGGAGUGUAUAUCCUAUGCGACGGCAUUAGGGUAUACGUUUGGAUUGAUCCCGAAGCAAAUAUCAUGUUGAUAAAAGACGUGUUUGGUGAUCAGUACGAAAGCGUUGAUGAGAUUGAUGCUUUCAUUGAUGAGUUGCCCGAUUUACCAUCAGAAAUCUCCCAGCAAGCCCGUAAAUUAGUACAGUUCUUCAACAAGCACAUUGUUGGUGUUGAUUCUUUGUCAAUUCAAAUUGUUCGCAAGGGCAUUGAUGGAUCUGAGUUUACUUUCAAAGAGCUAUUGCGAGAAGAUGCAUUUGGAGGCGCUAUGAAGGCUACAAAUGGAAUAGGUUUUGCAGAAUAUCUCACGAGUUUACAUAAGGCUAUCAAAGUCCAAUUGGAGAGUGACAAAGCAUCACAAACAAUCCGACAAUCGAUAUCCAGUGUCGAACAUGAUACGGGGACUUUGGCACAAAGACUUAUAAACUUUUGA